CACCGACCGCGCCUCCCGCCGCGCCCCGCGCGCCCACCCCCUCGCCGACGCCUCUCGGGGGGAUCCCUUUUUACCUUUCCCCCCUCAUUUUAAAUCUUCACCCCGUUUCCCCUCCCCGCCCGCCACUUCCGGCCGGUUUCCGGGCUGUUUCCGGGUGAGCGGCUCGUUUUUUGCGGGCGGCGGUUUGUUUCUUUUUUUUCGGGGGGGGGGGCGGUCGGUGAGAGAUGCUGGAGGUGGCGGCGGUGGCGGCGGUGCCGGCGGGGGCCGCCCCGGGCGGUUCGGAGGAGCGCGGGAGCCGCUUCAGCGUCCUGACGUGGGAGCAGGUGCAGCGGCUGGACCAGAUCCUGGGGGAGGCUGUGCCCAUCCACGGCCGGGGCAACUUCCCCACGCUGUCCGUGCGGCCCCGCACCAUCGUCCAGGUUGUCCGUAGUCGCCUGGAGAAGAAAGGAAUCACAGUCCAUAAUGUCAGGUUGAAUGGCUCAGCAGCCAGUCACGUUCUGCAUCAAGACAGUGGCUUGGGGUACAAAGACCUGGACCUCAUUUUCGGCGUGGACCUGAAGACAGAAGAUGUUUUCCAGCUCGUCAAAGACGUGGUCAUGGAUUGCCUGCUUGACUUCCUCCCCGAAGGCGUCAACAAGGACAAGAUCACCCCCAUGACUCUGAAGGAGGCCUACGUGCAGAAGCUGGUGAAGGUGUGCAACGAGACCGACCGCUGGAGCCUCAUCUCGCUCUCCAACAACAGCGGGAAGAACGUGGAGCUCAAAUUCGUGGACUCUCUCCGGCGGCAGUUCGAGUUCAGCGUGGACUCCUUCCAGAUCAUCCUGGACUCGCUCCUGCUGUUCGGGGAGUGCUCGGAGAACCCCAUGGCCGAGAACUUCCACCCCACGGUCACCGGGGAGAGCAUGUACGGGGACUUUGAGGAGGCCAUGGACCACCUGCGGAACAGGGUCAUCGCCACCAGGAACCCGGAGGAGAUCCGAGGUGGGGGGCUCCUGAAGUACUGCAACCUCCUGGUGAGGGGGUUUAAGCCCAAAUCAGAAGUGGAUAUGAAGGCACUACAGAGGUACAUGUGCUCCAGGUUUUUCAUAGACUUCUCUGACAUCGGUGAGCAGCUGAGGAAGCUGGAAUGUUACCUCCAGAGCCACUUUGUUGGGAUGGAGAGCAACAGAUAUGACUAUUUAAUGACCCUCCACAGGGUGGUCAAUGAGAGCACAGUCUGCCUCAUGGGACACGAGAGGAGGCAGACCCUGAACCUCAUUGCCAUGCUGGCUGUGAGGGUCCUGGCUGAGCAGAACAUCAUCCCCACCGUCACAAACGUUACCUGCUACUACCAGCCAGCCCCUUAUGUCAGUGAAAUAAACUUCAACUACUAUGUCACCCACGUGCAGCCCUUCCUGCCUUGCAAUCAGUCCUACCCAACGUGGCUUCCCUGUAACUGAGCCAGGACAAACGUCAGGGUCUGUCCUCCAAGGUAUUUCCUUGCCUUGGCGGGUCGGGAGGGUGGGAUGGGGGGAUUAAAAAAAAAAAACAAAAACAAAAAAUCACAAAAAAAACCAACCAACCUUCCUAGAACUGCAACAAAAGGAAACUUCCUGGACUCCUGCUUGAGUGUCUUGUUCCUUGAGGUUGUUGGAACAAGACCUGUCUGCUGUACACUGUGAUGGGAAGUGCAGUGUUAUGGAAAUGAGAUGACUCGGACGUUUAUGGGAAGACUCGCUUAUAGAAUUCUGGAAGGCAAUGGGGUGGGUGGGGUUGUGUGAGGGGAGACUGUAGAAUUACGCUAAGGUAGAGCUGCACUGCCCUGAAAUGGAUCUGAAUUGUGUUUUGUUUUGGUUUUUGUUUUUUUUUUUUUUUUUUUUUUAGUGCAGGAGGUGUUAUGGGUGUGCAAACUUGUGGUUUCUGCCAACAGAAGCCCGAGUGGCUAAUUCCUUUGAAGGACCAAAGAAUCCUGUUUAAGUGCCUGUAACAAUAUAAACACAACUGUACUGUAAACCUUUAUUAUUUUUGCAGGGGCUGAUGUCCCAAGAGCUUGAGUGGGGGUUGUCUGAAGAGGAAAAUGUUUCUGUUGUGGGGUGGGGAGGGUCGUAAGAUCAUUUCUAGUAACCUGGCUGAGGUUCCGUGUCGCUGAGGUUGUGUUUGUUGGUUUUUUUUUUUUGGCAUGACUUGCUGCCUGUGAAGGACCAGCUGGAGCAAAGAGCUGUCAAAGUGGGGCUGCAUAAACCAGGGAGGUAUUGGAAUGGCUACGUGUAAAUGCCUGAAACGGGGAACACUGGGGAAGGGAGGGAGUGCAUGGUGGAAAAUGCUGUGCAGAGCUUUCUGGAAAAAAAGGCAGCAGGGACCUGCAUAUGAAUUUCUUCAAGCUCCCAAGUCUGCAGUGCCAAAAUAUGGUCGUGUUCCUAAAUGAUGAGGCAGAUGAUCUGUCCAGGAGCCUGCCCCAGGCUGCUGGACCUAAUCCUGUAUUUUCUAGGGGAAUUUGAAAUGCUGCUCUUCCUAGGUUUUUUUAUUUUUUUUUUUUGGCAUGCAGUGUGAUUUUAAUGCACAAAGCCAGAGGCCAGCUGGGUUAUCAGGGAAGAUGAGGCUUGUCCUUUUGAAGCACAAACCACCCAGUUCACUAGUCAGUUAUUUCCAGCUGUUGCUGGAGCCCGUUUCCUCCGAGGAGAUGGGCAGAGUUCUUCCAGUCUGGAGAUCUCCCCUUGGGCAGGUCCCAUCUUCCAAAGCAGCCUGUUCCCAGCUAUGUGAUUCCAUCAGCAUUUGAAAUUCAUUCUCUAGCUAGAAAUGGAGCUUGGGGGGGUGGGGGUGAAGUUAGUUGGCCUUAGGAAAGGGGAAAAAAAAAAAAGUCUUCUAAACAGACCCUCUUGUGUUGUGAGGGUUUGGCUCUCUCAGUCCAACGUGGCUUUGAAGUUGUUGGGUGUCUGGAGCACAAAAGUUUUUCGUGGAGGUGCCUGGAUUGCUGUGCCCGUGGAGCAUCUCAGAUUUAACUAUGCACGGAGGGAGAGGCGGGCAGGCAGCAGGCAUUCCCUAGGGAUGCUGCUCCGGGAACACCACGGCUUCAGUGGUGCUUCCUCCGAGGCUGAGGUACUCGAAGUAUCUUUACUAACUUGGUUUUUUUGUUUUGUUUUGUUUUGGUAUUUUUUUUUUGUGACAAAACUGUAAUAGCUGGGCAGAUUGAACGCUCUUAAUAAAGACUAGAUCCUUGGAAUGUGCAUAGCCAGAUUGGUACCUUUUUUGGGGUAGGGGCGAUGUGGAGUUGGGAGUAAGGGGUGGGGGGGUGGCUCUUGCGCUUAACAUGAACUAACGCAGUUGAAACUGGUCCAGCUUUGCUCCCUCUCCAGACAGAGCUGAAGAAGUGUCACUAACAGUGUAGGUUUUUAGCUGCCUCCCUGCAGAACAGCUCUGCCCUCGUGGCCAAGGCUGUUGUGUCUGCUCUGCUGCAGCCCCAGAACUCCCCAGAGCCUCAGUGGUGGGAGCUUGAGAUUUUCCAGUGCAAGUUAAAACCGGUUUAAGGGCUGCCUGUGGGAGCAGAUGAUGCUUUUUUCUUUCAUUUUAAACUUCAGAUGAACAUAGAUGCCAUGUAGCAUGUUUUCUACAGGCUGCUCCUGCCCACAGACACGUAGAUGCACUGAAUUGAGAUUCCCUCCUUCCCUCUGAGAUGCCCAAAAAGAUUCCCUACAGCCAAAAGCUCGGCAGGGCGGCUUCCCAUUGAGAUUGCACUUUUGAUAUACGGAGUGUGUGUGGUGGGACUCUUGUGAAUGGGUUGAAUCUGACUUUUUCUAGACCUUGCAGUGAUACUGUGCUGCCUCCUGUGAGGGGGGGGCAAUUGGAAGAUUCCAGUAGCUUGAAUGGCACUUGAUAUUUUUUUUUUGUUUUGUUUUAAAUGUCUUUUUUUUUUUCCUACACCUGUAUCACUUGUCAUGCAAUGGGCUUGACAUAGACUCACUAGAUUCUUUAGAAUCUGUUACGAAUAAAUACAGUGUAUUCAAA